UCUUGGGCGCCGUCGUCAUGGUAACGGCGCGACGCCAUGCCGGGGCCGCGGCCUCCACCUGGUGAUUCCAGGGCAGCAGCAGCAGGUGCUGGAGCCACCAAAGCCCCAAAUUCCAGGAGAACUUCCACGGCUUCCCAGGGAAAAGGCACCAGGAGCAGGGCCCUGCUGGGCAAACAGGGAGCUGGGCAGCUUUUUGAUGAUGAAGGGAAGAAUGUGACACCCCAUCCCCUCUUCCAGCCAGACCCAAAGGCUGCUGUAACCAGGACACAUAGAAGCAGCAUAUCAACAACCAAACCUGGCUUAGAUGAAACAGAACCUCACCAAGACCCAACUUUGAGCUUGUCUGCUGAGCAGGAGGAGGGGGAAGCAGCCCUGACAGAAGCAGAGCUGGAGCAGAGGGUGGAUAUUUUCCUGUCGGAGACAGACACGCUCUGGAUGUUGGAUCUGCCAACUGCUCUGGUGUCCACUGAGGCAGAGGAAGCUGGGAGAGUUCUGGAGAGGAAUAAGAUUUAUGCAGAGAUUUGCAAUGCUAAAAUUGGCAGUGAGUACUUUGAAGAAAAAAUGGUGCAAACCAUCUCUGGAGCUGCCAAAACCAAGGAAGUGCAAUGUGAGACAAUCACCAUGGCAGAGAAAGGGAUGAUGGUGACUUUCUGGGAUUUGGACAAUUCACUGGAGGCCUCAGAAACAGAAGCUGCACAGACAGAAGAAGCCAGAGCCCCAGCAGGGAAAAGCAGCAAAUCUCCCUCAGCUGAAGAGCACAGUCAGGCUGUGGCUGUUCCUUCUGCCAGAGAGAGUGCUGAUCCUGCCAGGAGCCACGAGGAGAAGGAAUGCAGUUCAGAAGAGAUCUUAACUUCAGCAAACCUGCAGCAGGAUUUAGUUGUCAUGGAGAGGAUUCUCAUGGAGAACAUUUUUCAACCCAAACUCGCACUUUAUCGGCAGAUUCCUGUCCUGAUAGAACCCGUUGUUGUCUCAGAGACUGAGGAAGAAGCUGAUGAGGAUGAGGAGGAAAAGGAAGAGGAGAAGCAGGAGGAAACACCCUUGCCAGACCCAAACCAGAGCCCAGCAGAAGGUGCAGGUCCCAGCCUGGAGCAGCUCUGGUCAUACAGGUGUGAUUUAACCAGUGGUCACAGUGUGAGCAGCAUGGCUUGGAACAAAGUGAACCCUGAUCUCGUGGCAGUUGGUUACAGAGAGUUUGUUUCUCAGGAUCAGAAGAAAGGCCUGGCUUGCUGUUGGUCACUGAAGAACCCCAUGUGGCCAGAGCGCAUUUUCCGCUGUGAGCACGGCGUCACUGCUGUGGAUUUCUCCCUGGCCAGCCCAAAUCUCCUGGCAGUGGGGAUGGCCAACGGCUGCGUGGCCAUCUACGACGUGCGGAGCCGGAGGGACGCCGCGCUGCUGGACAGCAGUGCAUCCCUAGAUAAACACAAAGGUCCUGUGUGGCAGCUGAGGUGGGUGGAACAGGACAGAGGUGACAAAAAUGAGAGACUGAUGUGUAUCUCAGGAGAUGGGAGAAUGACCCAGUGGUUCAUCCAGCAAAGGCUGGAUUGCUUUGAUGUGAUGAAAAUCAAGCGAACAGAAAGUGGGAAGAAAAAAUUAGCAGGUGAGAGAGAAAGGAAAAGUGAAGGUCCCAUAUCACAGGAGGCAGCUGGAAUGUGCUUCGACUUCCAUCCAGAGGAUACUGAUAUUUUUCUUGCUGGAACAGAAGAGGGCCACAUCCACUGCUGCUCUUGCUCAGGCAAGGAGCAGAUUCUGGGGACAUACAGAGGCCAUAAGGGCCCUGUGUACAAAGUUGCCUGGAAUCCCUCCAGCACAGACACGUUCCUCAGCUGCUCUGCAGACUGGAGCAUCCUUUUGUGGCACCGGGACUCCCACACCCCCCUUUUAACCUUCACUUCUGUCACAGCUUUUGUUCACGACAUCAAGUGGGCUCCUCAAUCAGCCUUCAUCUUCGCAGCCGUCAAUGAGAGGAGGGUGGAGAUUUGGGAUCUGAGCGUCAGCAUCUUCCAGCCCGUGCUCUCCUGUGCUGCCAGCCCUGAAGGGAAUCUCAACUCCCUCCUGUUUGCCAGGAAUGCUGAGUGCCUGCUCCUGGGGGACAGCUGUGGCCAGGUGGGGAUGUGGCAGCUGCACAACCUGGCUGUCCCCAGCACCGAGCAGGUUGGUUCCUUGUGUGACAUUGUUGCUCCUGCUGGAGCUGUUUAGCAGUAGCUGAUAUCCCUUCUCCUUCAGGAAACACUGUAGUAUGAACAUAGACUGGUUAUCCUUUUGUAAUCAAUAAAGUUUCUCUUUGAAGCCA